UUCACCUUGUAAAUGUGCUUGAGCCUAGUGCCGAGCGCUCGGAUCCAACCCAGUCAAGCAGUAUUAAGUUUUGAGUAGUGCUUAGUACUGCGAUGCGGUUCACUACUCUAGCAUUUAUUGCAUUGGCACUGCGACCUGUCGCUUCCAGCGACGUUGACGAAAGUACUUGUUCCUACAGCAAUGAAAAUUUAGUAGAGGCGGCCACUGAAGGAGGUAUGUCGCACUCUUGUUCUUUAUGAGAACAGACUUUUUAUUUCGUCUCGGGAAAGGAUGGGGACUAGUGAAGUCGACAUUUUUCGACAAGUCGUCACAAGUUGCAGAGAAACGUUACGCGGUCACUUUGAUCACCCUCAGUCAUGAAGGCGCCGAGAGCCUCACAGGAAAACUUGAAUCUUUGUCUGCUUCAGCAUACACGCUGUACGAUGGAUUGCACUUUCCAAGUGCGGGAGAGUCCUGGGAGAAAGUCAUGGGGCUCGGAUCAAAGAUCCAAGGGAAUGUAGAUGAACUCUUCGAAAAUGCCAAGAAACUCCAUCCUGCGAAGAUGUCGGAGUUCAAGAAGUCUGUGAAUAGUGUUGCCAGCACAGCUACAUCACUGCACCAAGUCGUUAAAGGAGCUGCCGCACAACGUGAUGUUCCUUUCGAUUCAGUGUUAGAAGAACUUCGAAAUACCUUGCAUGUCGUAUUUGAAGAGCUCAAAGAGCAAUUCCCACCACCUGAGGAGGCUCCCGGUCACGAGAAUCGUACCCUCAUGAUCAACACAGUUCUUGAUCGUGUUGAAGAGAGUUUCCUACGGGUUGCCAUCAAAUACGGAGCCAGUGAGGAAGUCCUGAAAAACCAUACUGGUUCUCUCAUGUCUGGUAUUCGACAUAUUUUGGGGAUCAUCGGAGACCUUUACGAACAGCACCCUCAGCUGGCAUGGACCCUCUUGUGCAUUGCUAUUGGCUCGUUGUUGGCACCAUGGUUUCUUCUUGGCACAGUCCUCCGCAUAAUUGGGUUUGGGGCAUUGGGACCAAUUAAGGGAUCUAUUGCUGCAUGGUUACAAGCAUGGUUAUUUGCCGGGGCUGUUCCAGCGGGUAGCUUGUUUGCGAUGCUUCAGCGUCUAGCCAUGAUACUUUGAGUAAUUUCAAUGCCAGUCGUAUAGGCGUUUUAUCCCUGAUAUAAAAAACCUCCAAAUCUAUCUUGUUUGUAAUUUAAUGCUGAUACCUCAUGAUCAAGUGCAUCCCAAAUUUUACUGUGUAAACAUGCCUACUCGUGAGCGUUGUGCCAUUUUCAUCUCACUGAGUCCAGCGCCGAGUGUUGCCGGAUAAAAUGCCAUUCACAUUCCUCGC